AUGGAGGUAGCUCGGGGUUAUCAAGCCAGCAGACCAGAUGCACUGUCCAGGUUGGAACAAGGAGAACAACCUUGGACAACAGAAGAUGAAAUGUAUAGUCGCAUCUGUCCAGGUGUGGUGGCUCAACACUAUAAUCUUAGCAUUCUGGGAGGCGGAGAAAACAACAAGGUUGAUGAUCAUUUGCAGGGUCACCUGGAAAAUCAAAGACUAUUAAAGGCUAUGGAGCAAUACUACGAACACAAUGCAUUUGGAAAUAUUGUACCUCAAAGCAAAAGUCAUUUUUCUUUUAGGGAAAAUCAUGUUACGUUUGAGUCAUAUAUAAAAACUUUGAAAUCAAAUUUAAGUUUAGUUGACCAGAACAAAAGCUAUGAAAUUAACAAUUCUACUAAAUUCAAUGAACAUGGGAAAACAUUUUUUCAAGGUAAGUAUGAAGAACUUCAUUCUGUUAAAUUUUCUGUAAGUACAAAACCUAAUAGAAUUAAAUCCCAAGUCAAUAAGCAUCAGAGAAGUCAUGACAUAGAGAAAACUCAUGUAUGCAGUGAAUGUGGAAAAGCCUUUGUCAAGAAGUCUCAGCUCACUGAUCAUGAGAGAGUUCAUACAGGAGAAAAACCUUACGGAUGUAGUAUGUGUGCAAAAGUAUUCUCCAGAAAGUCCAGGCUCAAUGAACAUCAGAGAAUUCACAAAAGGGAGAAAUCCUUUAUAUGCAAUGAAUGUAGAAAAGUAUUUACCAUGAAAAGCCAUCUGAUUGAACAUCAGCGAACUCAUACUGGAGAGAAACCCUAUGUAUGCGAUGAAUGUGGAAAAGGUUUCCCAGGCAAGCGAAAUCUCAUUGUACAUCAGCAAAAUCAUACUGGAGAGAAAUCUUAUGUAUGCAGUGAUUGUGGAAAAGGCUUCACUGGGAAGCGCAUGCUUAUCAUACAUCAGCGAACUCAUACAGGAGAGAAACCCUACAUCUGGAGUGAAUGUGGGAAAGGCUUCACCACAAAGCACUAUGUCAUCAUACAUCAACGAAAUCAUACAGGAGAGAAACCAUAUAUAUGCAUUGAAUGUGGAAAAGGCUUCAUUGUGAAGAGCCGUAUGAUCGAACAUCAGUGAACUCAUACAGGAGAGAAACCCUAUGUAUGCAGUGAAUGUGGAAAAGGCUUUCCUAGCAAGAGUAAUCUCAUUGUACAUCAGAGAAAUCAUACAACAGAGAAAUCGUAUCUAUGUAGUGAAUGUGGAAAAGGCUUCACGGUAAAGACCAUGCUUAUUAGACAUAAGCGAAUUCAUACUGGAGAGAAACCUUACAUAUGCACUGAGUGUGGGAAAGGCUUCCCCUUGAAGAGUCGGCUGAUUGUACAUCAGCGAGCUCAUACUGGAGAAAAACCUUACAGAUGCACUGAAUGUGGGAAAGGUUUCACCAUAAAUAGUGGACUGGUAUUACAUCAGCGAACUCUUACUAGAGAGAAACCUUAUAAAUGCCGUGAAUGUGGAAAAGGUUUUGCCUUUAAGAGCAAUCUUGUUGUACACCAGCGAACUCAUACUGGAGAGAAACCCUUUCUGUGCAAAGAAUGUGGAAAAGGCUUCACCAUGAAACGAUAUCUCAUUGUACAUCAGGAAAUGCAUACAAGAAAGAAAUCUUAUAUAUGUGGUGAAUGUGGAAGAGGUUCAUGGAAACAGCUCAUUUUACAUAAGCAAAUUCAUACUGGAGAGAAGCCUUAUGCAUGCAAUGAAUGUGGUAAAGGCUUCACUGUGAAAAGCCAUCUAAUAGUUCAUCAACGAACUCAUACAGGAGAGAAACCCUUUAUAUGCAGCAAAUGUGGAAAAGCCUUCUCCUCAAAAAGAAAUCUCUUUGCACAUCAGCGAACUCAUAUUGGAAACAAACCCUAACCAUGCAAUGAACAUGGUCACUGCCUUCAGGAAGAAAAUAUACCUCUGUACAUCAGAGAUUUCAUAUAGGGUAGAUUUCCUUUACAUAUAACAAAUUGAAUUUCAUCUGGUCUCAUUAUCCACCAGAAUAAAUGCAGUCAAUGAUGGAAAUCCUUCCACAUAAAUUCAAGCUCUGACUUUGUUGAGGCGCCCAAUCCAGAGACUAUGGAUUCAGUGAUUGGGGGUAAUCUUUCUCAUCUGUCAGCAUUUAUUAAAAUUCUGACAUUCUGAUUGUGUAUGAGGUACAUAAUCCUUUGCAGAGAAUCUGAAGCUGUUACAUACAAGUGAACGUAUUCGGGAGCAAACCAUGUUUGUAAUAAGUACUGUGAACUUAUUAAAUAUGCUUCUAGUGUAUAUGAAGAGAGUGUAAAGCAGUCCAUUGCUAGAUUUUUCACCCUUGGGGAUUAUAGAACUUGCAUAAGACUAAAUUUUAAUAAAUUCAGAGACUGCACUAGUGCCUUCAGUGAUCAGUUACUUCAAAUUGUGUGUUAAACAUGUCAGAAAAAAACUUGACACUCCACCUCAAAAAAGGCUUGACAGAAUAAUUGUAUGUCUUGAAAAGUUUAUGCUGAAUUAAAUCUUAUAAAUAGGGACACUAUGAGAGCCUAUCAAAAGAAAGACCCUAUCUCAUCAGUGAGCUUAUACUACCAGUGGCAUAACGAUCACAGGAAAGCCUUUGCCCAGAAAUAAAACCUUGAUAGUUUACAGAUAUUCCACACUAGAGAAAAAAAUUUAAGAUAGCAAUGAAUAUGGUAGGAUUUCAGUGAUAUAUUUUGUCUCAUCAUCCAUCAUUACUUUAUAUAGAAAUAAA